ACUCACUUGUCGUCGGAUUUGACGUUUUCGUAAUUAUUCGAAGGAUGCGGGAGGAAUCUGCCUGUCUCGCUUACUGGGCAAUCUGCUCGUCACCCCAUCUGCGGUUUCAGCUUCCCAUCCUCACCCUCUGUCGUUUGCGUGUCACGAACCCUCAGUUUCAUCAUUUCCCUUGACAUUGCAUGGAGAACAUGCCCGUUUUCGAUGUUUUCUUGUUACUCUGCCUCUUGCAGUCAUUAGUACUGGCCCCAUCUAACUCUUUUGUGGAGGCGGAGUUCACACUCAGCCACAGGCCCUUCUCAACAUUUUCCUUACCCUUCACGCCCACAUGUUCUGUUUUCUUGCUGCCUGCCAGUGUUCUGCUUGAGCCGCGCGCAUGCACUUCAAUAAUAAGGGCAACCUGUGGCCUCACUUUCGUCAAAGCUUGUUCCUUGCCGACCUCCGUGAACCUUCAUCUGCAGCCUCAUCUUUUCGCCCGACUUACACAUCCGUGCUGACCGUCGCUCACGGCUAUCAGCCCGACUAUUUAAAAGCAAUCGAACGUCAUAAGUGAUCAAUUCUAGCUCUUCAUUUCGUUCCUGUCUUUCUUCACGUCUCUCUUUCCAC